CAAUCGUAAAGCAAGCAGAAAAAACCAUUCGAAAUGUUCGUCGCCAAGAUCCUGAUUUUGUGCAGUGCCUGUUUGUUGGUCAGUGGCACUCCCCAGGGAUUCGGAGGAUUCGGAGCCCCAAAGACCCUGGAGGGCGAGGAACUGGUCGAAUCCCAGCGAACAUUGCAGGCAUCGCUCACCAAACUGGCCGCCGGCGAAGGACCCCACUAUCGCAUCUCCAGGAUCAUUUCGGCAACCACUCAGGUGGUCGCUGGAUCCAAGGACGAGUACAACGUGGAGCUGAUCGAUAGGGAAGGUGUCAUUAAGGUGUGCAAUGUGGACAUUUGGUCGCGCUCCUGGCUCCCCAACGGCAUUCAGGUGACCUUCAGGUGCCCCAACGAACCGGAACUGGUUAGGACCCACAAUGCCUAAGGAAAUAUCAUGG